AUGGACAAUCAGAUCGAUGAAGAUGAAGAAUUUUUGUACGGAACUUCGGCCAUGCCUGAUAAUAGUACAUCAAGUAGGUUGAACAGCACCUCUCAGUUGAACGUAAACGAAGAUGUCGACGACUUGUAUGAUAUAUAUGAAGAAGAGAAUGAUACAAAAGAAAGAAAAGAUAAUCUAGAUGAUACAGUACGUGAAGAUAUCAAAGACGGCCAGGAUACCGAUAUGGGCGAAGAUAUACCCGCAGCAGAAGUGGAUACAAAUUUUGUAGACCCUGAACAAGAGCAAGAAGAAGAGGAGGAUAGCGAUGAUGAUCUCGAAAUUAUCAUAGAACCCGAAGAAGAGGAGACGGAGCAAGCGGCAGAGGGUGAAGACGGCAAUCAAACAGCCCAAGAAAACAAGCAUUCUCAAGGAGAUGCAUCAGAUUCUAGAAAGAAUGAAACCUCCUCGGCACCUGUCAACAUUAAACCUGGCCAACAAGCGAAAGCAUUAGCAGACAAUGCUUCUGCUGGUGGAACAGCGAAUACAUCAUUAGCUCAAAAAACGACACAAGGAGGAAUCAACCUGGAAGCUAUUGGCGAAUACAAUGGUCAACCCAUUGUCGAUGUAGAUUUGGAUAAUGUAGAAGACAAGCCUUGGAGAAAACCAGGCGCUGAUAUUACAGAUUAUUUCAAUUAUGGUUUCAAUGAAGUGACAUGGAGAGCUUAUUGCGCCAAACAAAAAUUGUUGCGUGAAAAUAAAAAGAUGAUGGGAGAGAUGGAUAUGGGAGAUAUUAUGUCAUCUAUGGGUAUGAUGAUGCCACCCAACAUGUUGGAUGGCAGCGGUAUGCCCUUACCAGGUCUGCCCGGUAUGCCAGGUAUGCCAAACCCAGCCAUGAUGGGUUUACCACCCAUGGGUAUGGCCAAUAAUCCUCAGGCAGCAGCAGCCGCCGCAGCAGCCGCGGCAGUAGCAGCCAUGAGAGGUGGUGGUAACCGACCCCCACCUGGCCAAUUCAAUGCGAACAGACCUCCCAAUGCAGCAAACAGAGCCAUCCAUCAUCAACCGAAUAAGCCUACUCCAUCUACAUCGUCACCUUCCACCGCCUCGUCAUCAACAGAAGCACAACAAAAUAGAGAGCAUGACAAUGAGAACGACAGCCCUAUGGAUCAGCUCCCAUCUCCACCUUCACCUUCAGCAGCCGAAACGAAUCAUAUGGAAGAGAACAAUUUAAAACAGGUCAUGCACCCAAGGCAACAACAGCCAAAACAGCAGCAGCAAAUGAGCAGAAAUAUGAACAAUAUGAUGAGAAACAUGCAACAUGGACCUCCCGGUGGACCUCAUCCUGCCCAUGGUCCACCCCCUCCUUUACAUUUCAAUCCGAAUGGUAAUAUGUUUGGUGGGCCCAUGGAUUUUGGUCAUCCGGGUGCUCCUGGAGGCAUGCCACCCAUGGGUAUGUUCCCACAUCCUGAUAUGCCUGGAGGGCCUCCUAUGGGUAUGCCGUUCUUUAAUCCAAAUAUUCCUGGUAUGCCACAGCCCCCACCACCCCAUGCGAUGGGAUUUGAUGGCCAAGAUUUUAGAGGGGGACCACCUAAUACAAACAAUCCCAUGGGUCGACCCCUACCGCCGCACAAUUUCCAAGCCUCCAUGAGAGGAGGAGGAGGAGGAGGAGGAGGUGCAGGAGCAGGUGCAGGCAGAUCUCCUUUACCAAGACAUUUACAACAACAACAGCAGCAGCCACAGCAACAAGGUGGUAACUCUUCUCCUGGUCAAUGGCGGCCGACGACUUCGUCACCCUUGGGCGGAAAUAAUCAAGCAAGAGGAGAUAGAAGGGACAGUCGCGAUAGCCGAGAUAGCCGAGAUCGAGAGAGAGACAGAGGCGAUAGGGAUAAUAGUCGUGAUAGAGGAGGAUCUUCUAGCGGAAGACGAGACAGAGAUGACAGAGAUAGUAGGUCAGAUCGCGAUAGAGAGAGAGAGAGAGACCGGGACAGCAGAGAUCGUGAUCGUGAUCGCGAUCGUGAUAGAAACAGAGACAGAGACCGCUCCGAUAGAGGCCGUGAUAGCAGUCGACGAGACCGAGAUAGAGGAAGAGAUAGCAGUAGUCGCAGAAGUGGGAGGGACCGUGAUGACUCGAAAGACGGACGCUCUGAAUCACGGAAAAGGCAUGACAGGGAUUCAUCGUCUCAUGAUGAUCACCACAGCAGCAAAAGGUCUCGUCGUUGA